CCAACCAGCCAGCCAGCUUCAGAAACAAACAUAUCUCUCUCAUGCAAAGAAUCCAUUUUGCUCAUUCUUGCUUUCUGUCUCUCCAACACCCCCAUGGAAGAACAAUCAAAUAACCCCAACACCAAAUUCACAUCCAAACCCACCCCUUUCACACCCAACUCUCACACCCACCACCACCAUCACACCUUAAACAGAAUUGGAUUUGGUUUUCUCAGCCAUACCCAAUACCAAAACUACCCCCCUCUCCUUCCUCUCCCCCCCACCCUCCCCCUCCCUCAAAACCAAAGCUUCAGAGCAAAAACCCACUCCCAAAAACCUCCAUUCCACCACCAUAACCCCCCUUUUGCCACCCCUUCUGAGCCUCAGCUUCAACAUUUCUCUUCUGCACCAGCUUCAAAGGCAGUGCUAAGAAAUGGUGGGAGAAAGAAUGGGAGCCAAGAAUGUUCAUUAAUGGUGGCAAGAAGACCAGAUUGUGGGGGUGUGGAAGGGGCAGUUAUCUCUCUGCUUGCGAAUCAUUUUCUUGUCCGGUUCGAUCCUUCCCAGCAGAUUUUCCACUAUGAUGUGGAAAUCUCCCCGAGCCCAUCGAAGGAGGUGGCUCGAUUGAUGAUGAAACAGAACAUUGUUGGGAGUAUCGCUUCUGGUUUUCGCCCGGUUUAUGAUGGGAGAAGGACUAUAUACAGCCCUGUUGAGCUCCAAGAUGACAGGAUUGAGCUGUACAUUAGUCUUCCCAUUCAUAACAACAAGCUGGCACUGAAAGAUCAGCACAAGAUGUUUCGAGUUAACAUCAAAUUAGUAUCGAAAUUCGAUGGAACAAAGCUCAAAAGCUACUUGAACAAUGAUGGGGAUAAUGAUGAUGAGGGGAGUCCAAUCCCACUCCCUCAGGAAUAUCUCCAUGCCCUAGAUGUUGUGCUUCGAGAGAGCCCCACGGACAAGUGUUUGUCAUCAGGGCGAUCGUUCUACUCAAGCUCAACGGGAGGGGCUAAGGAGAUAGGGGGAGGAGCUGUGGCAUUGAGGGGAUUCUUUCAGAGCCUUAGGCCUACCCAACAAGGCCUUGCUCUCAAUGUCGAUUUCUCAGUCACAGCUUUCCAUGAGAGCAUUGGAGUGAUCCCUUACUUGGAAAAACGCCUCGAGUUUCUCCACGAUUUGUCUCAACGAAAGAUGAGGAUCUUGAGGGCUGAAGAGAGGAAAGAAGUGGAGAAUGCACUUAAGAACCUUAGGGUGUUUGUUUGCCACAGAGAAACUGUGCAGAGAUACCGCGUUUAUGGUUUAACCCAACAGCUUACAGAGGAUUUAUGGUUUCCUGAUCGGGAUGGAACGAGUUUAAAACUAGUGGACUAUUUCAAGGAUCACUACAGCUAUGAUAUUCAGUUUAGAAACCUGCCUUGUUUGCAGACAAGUAGGAGCAAGCCUUGCUAUCUUCCUAUGGAGCUUUGUGUGAUUUGUGAAGGGCAGAAGUUUCUUGGGAAGCUUUCUGAUGACCAGACUGCUAGAAUUCUUAAAAUGGGCUGUCAAAGACCAAGAGAGCGUAAAGCAAUCAUAGAUGGAGUCAUGACAGGACCAGUUGGACCAACAAGUGGCAUUCAAGAAACACAAUUCAAACUUGGGAUUUCAAGAGAAAUGACUCAAUUGUAUGGGAGAAUUCUGCAGCCUCCCAAGCUUAAACUUGGGGAUGGUGGGCAGGUCAGGAAUCUUAUUCCUUCGCGCCAUGAUCGACAGUGGAACCUUAUGGAUAGCCAUGUCUUCGAAGGGACUCGAGUCGAGAGAUGGGGAUUGAUCAGCUUUGGUGGCAGCAUUGAUCAGAAGGCCAACAUACCAAAGUUUGUAAACCAAUUGUCUCAGAGGUGUGAGCAAUUAGGCAUUUUCCUCAACAAAAACAUGGUGGUUAGCCCACAGUUUGAGCCAAUGCAUGUGCUCAAUAAUGUAAGGCAACUGGAAUCCAAGCUCAAGAAGAUGUAUAGAUCUGCAUCAAACAAUCUGCAGCUUCUCAUCUGUGUUAUGGAGAGAAAACACCGAGGAUAUGCAGACUUGAAACGAAUUGCUGAGACGAGCAUUGGUGUGGUCUCCCAGUGCUGUUUAUACCCGAACCUUGGCAAGCUUUGCUCACAGUUUCUUGCCAAUUUGGCUCUCAAGAUCAACGCCAAGCUCGGGGGGUGCACCGUGGCUCUCUACAACUCAUUCCCAUCUCAGAUACCGAGGCUGUUCCAACACGACUGCCCUGUCAUUUUCAUGGGCGCUGAUGUUACUCAUCCCCACCCGUUAGACGACUCCAGUCCCUCGAUUGCAGCAGUUGUUGGCAGCCUAAACUGGCCAGCAGCCAACAAGUACGUCUCGAGGAUGAGGUCCCAAACGCACAGGCAAGAAAUAAUCGAGGAUCUUAGCACAAUGGUGGGCGAAAUCCUCGAGGAUUUCCUCGAGGAGCUCCUCGUGCUCCCCGAGAGAAUAAUCUUCUUCAGAGACGGAGUGAGUGAAACACAAUUCUCGAAAAUCCUCCAGCACGAGCUCCAGGCGAUCCGAGGGGCUUGUUCAAGGUUCCCGGGCUACAAACCCCCCAUCACAUUUGCUGUUGUGCAGAAAAGACACCACACAAGAUUGUUCCCAUCAUCACCAUAUGUCAAGAACAAUGAAAAUAUCCCUCCAGGCACAGUUGUGGACACUGUGAUUACUCACCCAAGGGAGUUUGAUUUCUAUCUUUGCUCCCAUUGGGGAGUAAAGGGCACAAGCAGACCAAUCCAUUACCAUAUUCUCUGGGAUGAAAAUCAUUUCACUUCUGAUGAGCUCCAAAAGUUAGUCUAUAAUCUCUGCUACACCUUUGUUAGGUGUACUAAGCCUAUUUCUUUGGUGCCCCCAGCUUACUAUGCACAUCUUGCUGCAUAUAGGGGCAGGCUCUAUCUUGAACGCUCAGAUUCUAACACUUUUUCCACCAUCUCUAGAGCUACCCCUCCCAAGACAAUCCCUCUUCCCAAACUUACUGAGAGUAUUAGAAAACUCAUGUUUUACUGCUAGCUAGCUAGGAUCUAAUCUCAAAAUGUACUGUUUCUUUUCAUGUAAAAUUCAGUUGCAAGAGUUUUUUUUCA